CUAUGGGUCUCUAUGGGUCUCUCUAUGGGGACCACUGUAGUCACGCCCCUUUCACGUGGCCCCGCCUCCUGAUGAGGCCCCGCCCAGGUGUCGCUCCGCCCACCCCAACUAGCCCCGCCCCCUAUAGCCCCACCAUUACAGAAAACCACGCCCCCAACAAUAGCCCCACCCCAACUCCAGGCCACGCCCCCUCCUUAGGAAGCCCCGCCCAUUUCCACGCCCCAUCCCCAUUUAAAGCCCUUCAUUUGCAUAGCCCCGCCCAACGAUGCCCCGCCCCCUUAUUGAAGCCACAGCCAUUUGUUCUGGCCCCGCCCCAUUUGGAAGCCAUUCAUUUGCAUGGCCCCGCCCAUCGGAGCACCGCCCCUUGUCGAAGCCACGCCCCCAACCAAGCCACGCCCCUUUAUGAAGCUCCGCCCAUUCCGACAGUCCCGUUCCAUUCGAAGUCCUCAUUUGCAUUAAUCCGCCCACCACUGAAGCCCCGCCCCUUCUCCAGACCCCUCCUUUUUCACUAGACCACGCCCCCUGCGUGACCACGCCUCCUUGCCGAAAGCCACGCCCCAUGAUAUUGCUGCUUUACAAACCCCGCCCACUUCUAUGGCCCCGCCCCCACACACGAAGCCCCGCCCCAUUCUGAUAGCCCCGCCCCCUGACUUGGCCCCGCCCCCCGCAGCGCUCCUGGGUCACGUGGCUGUUUACGACGCCCCCUCGCGGUCCGUGUUCGUCUAUGGCGGAUGGCGGCCCCUGCUGGGCGCUUCCGGGGAGCUGCACCGCCUGCACUGCGCCCCCCUGCGGUGGGAGGCGGUACUGCAGGAGCCGGGAUGCCGGGCGCCCCCGCUGGCGCUGCACGCCGCCGUGCCGUCGGACGGGACGCUGCUCGUCUUCGGCGGGCGCGGCGCCUUCGGGGAGGAUCGCAGUGAGCGCCCCCUGCUGCUGGGAGGCCGGCAGCGCCGCUGGCAGCCGCUGCGCGGCGGUGAGUGGGGACGGGGGCCGGGGGGGCGGGGCCUUAUGGGGUCACGGGUCCUAUGGGGUCGGGGGUCCUAUGGGGUGAGGAUCCCUAUGGGGUGAGGAUUCCUAUGGGGUCCGGGGUCUUAUGGGGUAAGGAUCCCUAUGGGUUGAGGAUCCCUUUUUGGUCGGGGUCUUAUGGGGUGAGGAUCCCUAUGGGGUCGGGGGUCCUAU